AUGGCGGAGCAAUUGAAAGACAAGGAGAAAGAGGGCGAGCGAUGGACGGCCGAGAUUUCUAAUCUCACCGAGAUCUCAGAAAAUAUCGACUCUCUUCAGAGGCUGCUGAUCAAGAAAGCCGUUUACGUCGACGGUGAAACCUUCGCCAAAGCUUCCCUUAGCUCCGAGCAAUCCCGCACGAUCAAAUUACUUGAGCAAAGGGUGGAGACCUUAGAAAGAGAACUAGAUUCUGCCAUAUCGGCUGCUGCUCGUGCUCGUACUGAAAAACGUCAGGCUGAGGCAUCACAGAAGGCUGGUGAACUACGUGCCCUAGAAAUUUCAAGAGAAUUGGAAAACACGACAAUUUUUGACAUUCCAUAUCCAUAUACAUCUGUAUACAUCAAAAUUUUGCAUAAGUUAGAUGUAGAUAGGUUUGGGUAUCUAGACUUGGAGGAAGAUGUGCAGAACUUGGGUUACAAAAGUUGGGGUAUAUUGUAUUACAAGAUUCCAGGGGUUGAAGGACCUAGUUCAAUGAAGCUUCAUAAUGAUGAUGGGAUAAUGGAGAUGAUAACAUGUAUUAAAAAUGGUCAUAAUGUUAUUGAUGUUUAUGUGGAUGAUUGUGUGGAUGAGAAAAAUGAU